AUGGAAGCUUCCCCUACUUCCAAGAAUAUCUCAAUUUCUAUGGAUGUCUGCUUGACGUUCUGCAGACCAGAGACAAGCUAUAUUAUGUUAUUCAAGAUGGGAAUUAUCAUUGUCCAUUGUGUUCUCAAACCCUUGAAACAUCCUCUCACAGUAUUCUUCACUACAACAUUUUUAGAGCAGUAUGGUUUGCAGUUCUUGGCCUACAUAUACAUCAUGAUGCUAUUUUGGUGGAAUGGUUCUCCAGCUGGUUUGAUAAAUUCUCAACUAAUCAGAUCAAACAAAUGCAAUUUAGAGAUUGAUCUCUUACAACAGAAACCUACAAGUCUACCAAUUCAAGUUCCUAGACAGUCUAGAGCCAAUCUUCGCCGGAGUCCUCCUCCUCUUGAUACUCUUAAAAUUAAUGUUGAUGGUUCAUUUAAUUAUGAUAAUAAAACUGGUGGCAUUGGUCUUAUAGUGCGUGAUUUUGCAGGUGCACAAAGGAGAUCCAAAUGCAUCUACUUAGAAGCUGCUUGGAGUCCAGAGCAUGUAGAAAGCAAAGGUCUAUGGGAAGCUGUCAAGUGGGCUGAAGAGAUGCAGUUAGUGAAUGUUCAAUUUGAAAUGGAUUCACAAAUUGUUGCAGAUGCAGUUAACAAAAACAGUACAACAGUAGACUGGAAAAUUCGAAAUUUGCUCUUGGAUAUCAAAAGUGUCUUCUCUAAUUAUAGUUCUUGGAAAUGCAGUUAUGUACCCAAAGAAAAAAAUAAAGUGGCAGACAUAUUAGCUAAGUAUGCCCGAGUCUCUCGUGUUAGUAGUGUUUGGUUAUUAUCUAUCCCUGAAAUUAUUCAUAAUCAGAUUCAGGAAGAUGCAAACAUUGUAAACUCUGAAGUUUAA